CUUCCAGAAGGGCCCCACUAAAAAGUUCACGAAAUUUUGGGGGCGUCAAAGUCGAAAGUCUUCCGUCUUGUAUGCGCCGGGAUUGAUUUUGCACCCUUUCGCCCUACCAUCUUCAAAUCCAGCCGACCUCAAGAUGCCUCGCCCAAAGUCAAAAGCGGCGAAAGCCAGAAUCACAGGCGCCAACAUGGACCCCAUUGUGCCUAGAAAGGGUCUAUUCGACGACGAUGCCUCCAGCGAAGACGAGCAGGACGGAGGUGCCACCCUCAGCAGCGCUGCUGCCGACCUGAAGAUCAACGAGGAGUACGCCCGCCGUUUCGAGCACAACAAGAAGCGCGAGGAACUCCACCGUCUCGAGGAAAAGUUCAAGUCCAAGAAGGAGGGUGGUCUAGGCGAAGACGAGGACGACGAAGACUCUUCCGAGGACGAGACCGAGGACGAUGAGGGCUUCCUUGUCACCGAGGACCUCGACGCCGAAAUCAACGCCACCCUAGAAGCCAUCAAGAAGAGGGAUCCCCGCAUCUACGACAAGGAGGCCGUCUUCUACACGCCAGUCGACGCCGAGGGCCAACCCGUCAAGGAGAAGAAGGAGAAGACCAUGACCCUGCGCGACUACCAUCGCGAGAGGUACAUGGCCGGUGACAUCGGUGCCGACGAAGAUGACGCGCCCAAGCCCAAGACUUACGCCGAGGAACAAGCCAACCUAAAGCAGAACAUUCUGUCCGAGAUCAACGCCGCUGCCGGCGAAGACGAGGAGUGGAGCGACGACGACGCCUUCAUCAAGCCCGUCAAGAAGGUCGAGGCGCCUACCGAGAACGGCGUUCACCCGUCGCGCGCCAAGGCGAUCGAUCUUAGCGAGCUCGACGUCAAGAACGCCGACAAGAACCCCGAAGACUUCCUUUCCAAGUUCAUGCAGUCCAAGGCCUGGGCGCCCGCCGACGGCUCGCGCUGGGAGGCCUUCGAGUCCGACGAGGGCGAGGACAACUUCCCCGAGAUGGCCGAGGAGUUCGAGCACGCCUACAACAUGCGGUUCGAGGAUCCCAACAAGAGCAACGAGCUGCUCAAGACGUACUCGCGUAACUUGGCCAACGCCAAGUCCGUCAGAAAGGAGGAGCUCACGGGCAGAAAGAAGCAGAGACAGCUCGAGAAGGAGCGCAAGGAGGCCGAGAAGAAGCAGCGCGAGGAGGAGCGCGCUCGCCUGCGUCGUCUCAAGAUUGACGAGGCGGCCGAGAAACUCUCCAAGAUCAGGAAGGCUGCCGGUCUCACCGGCAAGGAGCUGUCCGACGAGGAAUGGAUGAAGUUCCUCGAGGACGCCUGGGACAACGACCGGUGGGAGGAGGAGAUGCGCAAGCAGUUUGGCGAGGAGUACUACGCCGAGGCGGACGACGACAUGUCCGGCAGCGACGAGGAGGACGACGAGGACAACGAGGACGGCAAAUCCAAGAAGAAGAAGAAGCUACCCAAGAAGCCCGAGUGGGACGACGACAUCGACAUCAAGGACAUCAUCCCCGACUUCGACGACGUGCCCGACGUUGUCCUUUCCGAUCUGGACAUCGCCAAGCCCGACGGCGAAGAAGCCGAAGCCGAAGCCGAAGACGACGACGCCGACCUCGGCUCCGACCUCUCCGCCGACGAAGACGAAAGCCGCCCCUCCAAGAAGCGCAAGACUACCGCCGACAUCAAGAAGGAGAAGCAAGCCGCCAAGCAGGCAGCCAAGGCCGAGCUGGCCAAGCUAGAAGCUUUGGUCGACACCAAGAUGGAACUCGACGCCCCCCGCGCGCUUUCCGCUCCCAAGGACAAGAAGUACAAGGAGAACUUGUUCCCGUUCCGCUACCGCGAGACGUCGCCCGUGUCCUUCGGCAUGACGGCGCGCGAUAUCUUGUUGGCGCCCUCGGACGCGGCGCUCAACGAGUUUGCCGGCCUCAAGAAGCUGGCCACCUUCCGCGACGCCGAGAAGAAGCGCAAGGAGCGCAAGAAGCUCGGCAAGAAGGCCCGCCUCAGGCAGUGGCGUCGCGACACGUUUGGCAGGGAGUACGAAGCUACGGGCCCGACGUUUGGGUUUGACGCGCUGGACGAGGAUGGUACGCCCCUUGGCAAUAAGAAUGAGGGCAGUGGUGCGAAUGCUGGCGCGGUUAAGCUUAAGAAGAGGGGUGAGAAGAAGGAUGAGAAGAAGAAGAGUAGUGGUGAGAAGAAGGACGAAAAGAAGGAGAAGAAGGAGGGAGAGAAGAAGGAGACUGCUACCAGCGAAGGGGCGGAUAAUAUCAUCGAGGGAGAGAGGAAAAAGAAGAGGAAGAGGAGCAAGAACAAGAAGGACGGCGAGAAGAUUGAGGCCUAGAGUGCUUCACUGGCAGUAAGUGGUGGUUGUGUUUGUUUGUUUGUUCAGGGUUUUGUUUUGUUUAGUCUAUUCUAGGGCGUCUUUGCAUCGUGGUGUUAUGGAGAAUUAUACAAAGUUAGACUUUUGCUAUAUAUCAAUGCUCGAUGCUUCUUCUCAUAACUCUGCACUUCAUCUUCGGCU